AUGGAGCUCAAAGAAAAGCGCUCAGUCGUUAGCCGUGAGCUGAAAACCCUUGAACCCGGCUCUCUCUACAUCACGAUCUCCGUCCCUCGAUCAAGUUCUUACGGUCCUGACUCGCCCGUCAGCUAUCCGACAUGCCUAUCUGAGGAUCUCGACUUGGCGUCAUACGAAGUGUCUUGCGCCAAGGGCAUCGACAGAGAAGAGUUCGACUGGGGCGUCUACCUGCACCGAGGCUAUGGCAACGGCACCUGGUACGAGCUCCGCAGAGUAAGCUGCACGAUCGACGCCGGCAUCGACGGUACUCUAGGCUCCAGCUCCAGCAGCAUGUCAAGCAUGGGUAUCGAGGGUGCAGGUAUCGGCGAUGGCGAUGGCGCCAGCGUCGUCGCAUGUUCCUUGCCCUUCUACACUCUCUCCAGGCGGGAGAUGCGUCUGUCGCCGCGUCUGCAAACCCGAGUGGCCGCCCUCAUCAGGGUCCUGCGCGUGCCAGAAUCCUUCGCCGAUAGUCUGACGCUCUAUCUGGACUGGCUGGCGGUGCAAACGGCGCCCAGCGCCACGAGGUCCUUCAUCUGGGCGUCGUCCAUGUACAUUCGCACGCGUCAUCACCUUUCGGCAUAUGCCAACGGCAGCGAUGGCGAUGUAGCAGCAGCCACGGGCUUCACCACGACAGGGUUCCUUCAGGAGGCCCUUCACUUGGCGUACAAGGAGGUCUGGUACGGGCUGGGAGGCCAGCUGCCACGGCCCAUGAUGGCUUCGGCGUUUGGGGUUGAGAUGCUCAUGGGGGAGGCCAGCACCGCAAACAUGCAGCAGCAGCAGAAUGCCGACCAAGAUGCCGAUGAUAAAUCGACCAAAUUCCUAUGGGGGUAUGUGUAUCAUCAGCAUGCAGAAACAGGGCUCUAUGACACCCCUUGCUGGAGUAGCAUUACCUAUACGGGGGUGGCUGUCUUCGAAGAUGAAGCCAUAUCGAUCGACUCAUCGGUUUAA